AUGGCAUCGCAAUGGAAUGAGCAGUGGGUACCCAGCUCUUGGGCGGCAAGUUCGUGGUGGCAGACCCCGCAGACUUCCCACACGGCACCGACGUGGACUAUGCCACACCACCGCCGACAGCACCAAAAGCAGCAAACCUUCCGCCAGCUCCGUGGCCGCCAGCGCCUCCAUCGCGCAGCAAUCCCCCAGAGCAUCCAGCGGAUCCUCGCCCAGCUCGUGUGCCAGUUCCCUCGUCCUUCAAGCAAGAUGGGGAGCACUACGACGCCAACUUGGUCUUCAAAUCCACCCUCCGGAAGACCGUGGAGCCAUCCGCAUGGAGUCGAGCCAAAGGACUUGCAGGCAUGGAUAUUCGUGACGUUACAGUUGCCCAUCUCAGCAGACGUGGCUUGGAAGAAUAUGGAACUUCGCCCCCUUUCUCACGGGCGAUUUACGGGGCUUAUUCUCACCCGCAACGUCGCCGAGACCGUCCUCCUCUCGCAAAUACAAAAGAGGCUACGCGAAGACAACAUUGACGUCGACGCCACCAUCGAGGCCAUUUACAAGUCCAAAGACCUCAAGCCGCCAGACAAAGUGAAGGAAGCUACCAACUUUGUCACGCCAUUGGUGGACGAGAUCUUCUUGGCUAUGAAGCCGUGGACUCAGGUCAAGAACUACGGGAAGAACUCUGAGCAGGACAACCAGGUCGCGCAACGCAUGCAAGAGCUCGAGGAGGAAGCCCUACAACGUCAUCAAGCAAAGUGGACAAAAGCCUCCGACGAGCAUGACCUCCAUCAAAACUUGGGUCAUCAACCUCAAGAAGACCAUGCCAGCAGCAAGCACAAGGAGCUGGACCAACACAUUCAGCAAGUCCACAACCUGCUCGAAGAGGGCCAGUACACCAAGGUGCAACUCCAGGAGCUCGUCAAGAAGGCCCUUGGCUUGGCGCCAAUUCGCAGACGAGUUCAAGGGCAAAAGCGGCACCUCGUCAACGCGCUACCCAAGCAGGCGCAAUUCUGGAAGAUCCUAUACGCCACUUCCAGCGACACCAAGCAGGAGUACGAUGCCUCCCGGGAGCUCCGCAGCGGCAAGCACGACAACAAGACUGUCACCCUCCUCUACCGCCUGGCAAACCACAUGGAACAACCCUGGCGGUCUAAAGACACGUCGCCACAGGCCUGGAAACGGUUGACUUUUGCAAAGGCCAGUCCAACCUCGGAGCAGCCUUCGCCAACGUCGGCGCCUGCAACGCCUUGUUUCCGUCCAAAAGACGGCUACACGAUCAAAUUCUUGAUCAACUACGAAGGUGGCUUAAGCAUCACUUAUUUCCCAACGACGACCGCAUCCUUGAGAGCUUCGAGACAUUCUUUGAGGAACAGUGGCAACAGCAUAAAGAACAGCAGCGACAUGAGCCUCGACUCAAUCACAGACUCAUCAAGCACCUGA